AAGUAGCUGGAGCUGGCCUGAGUGCUACGGGGGCUAAAGGCCAUACAUAACCAGUCAGAUAACUUGCGUACUUAGCACGAACAAGACACAAUACGAACGACAGAGAAGCUCAAUUUUACGGUCCCGCGAAAUCAAGAAAAGUGAGUGUUUUUAGUUAAUUUGUGCUGGAAAAAAUCUAUUUCGACGCAAUCUGAGCUUUGCUAUGUUGACAACUGUGUAAACAGAAGACGUGGGCACUUUUCAAGAUGAAAACCACAUAAAGUACAUGAGUUUCCUCACGUACGGUGGUAGUGUUACUGGUGGAUUGGUGUUACAUUUUCAUUCAUCGUGAAAAAUUGGGUACGAAUGCUGUGAAGUGGAACGAGCUGUCAUUGUGCUAAACGAAUAAGUCAAUAACAAGGAAAUAGCUGUAAAUUUCAUAGUGCUUUGCGUCUAGAGUCUCUCGUUGGCUAGUGCAUUCUUCCCCGGAUAAAACGCCAAGAUGCUGCCGAAGCUGGAAAACUUCCAUAUGGCAGCUUUGGUUCUAACCAUCCUAUCUGUUGCGCUGCUGUCGAGGCUGGUCAGUGGGCUGGUGGAGAACAACAGCACGGACACAACAGCGUACUCGGUGGGACGGUUUCCGUUUCUGAUGCCGAAGGUGAUACCGUACAGGCCCGAGCUUUACCUUUGCACGCCCGUCAAGGUGGACUACAGCAAAAGUUAUUACAUAGUGGGUUUCGAGCCCAAUGCAACGAUGGCCACAGCACAUCAUAUGUUGCUGUACGGUUGUGGUGAGCCCGGGUCGGAAUCUGCCGUUUGGAACUGCGGCGAAAUGGUCAAAAGCGACGACGUCAAGGAGGAAUCGGGCAGCCCGUGUGCCUCGGGGUCCCCCUCCCAGAUCAUCUAUGCUUGGGCUCGUGACGCACCGAAGCUCGAGCUGCCGGACGGCGUGGGCUUCAAAGUUGGCAAGGAUUCCCCCAUCAAGUACAUCGUGCUGCAGGUUCACUAUGCUCACAUCGACAAGUUUAAAGAUGGUACAACGUCCGAUGACUCUGGCAUAUUCCUACACUACACCUUAAAACCGAUGCAUAAACAGGCUGGAGUCCUACUGCUUGGCACCGGUGGCUAUAUUCCACCGAUGAAGGUUGAGCAUAUGGAAACGAUUUGCGACAUCCGCGAGAACAAAACCAUUUACCCCUUCGCAUACCGAACGCACACGCAUAGUCUGGGCAAGGUCGUAUCAGGCUAUCGGGUCCGAGUUGAUGACAAUGGCGAAGACCACUGGACGUUGCUAGGAAAACGUGACCCAUUGACGCCGCAAAUGUUCUACCCAGUGGAAAACUCUGAACCGAUUCGGUAUAAGGACCGUAUGGCUGCUCGGUGUACGAUGGAGAGCAACAAAAAAACAGUUACCAACAUAGGUGCAACCAACAAUGAUGAAAUGUGCAAUUUCUACCUGAUGUAUUACGUGGAAAAUGAUGAACCACUACAGAUGAAAUACUGCUUCAGCAAUGGGCCUCCGUACUUCUACUGGCGCAACAAAGAAGCUGAGCUCAACAACAUUCCCGACUACGAGGCAAGUCAUCUGUAGAACGGUUCGAAAAUAGAUCCCCAAUCAAAACUCCUACCCACACUGACAGCAACUGACACACAAAGCAUCACAACACAAUUGAUACCUGUAGGAAAGCAGCUCUAAUCUGUAAUAAUUUUCUUAUCACACGGAUGAAUUGUAUUCAAAUUUUAGUCUUGUUCUAACAACAAAAUCAAUCUUUCGAACCAUAUCAGCUAGAAGGUUUUAAAACGAAAACGAAGGCUCGAAUUACUCUACAAACUGAUCUGAGGGUUUUAAUGACACACAUACAAAUAUUUUCUAGCAGUUAGUCUAGUCAAGAAACAGCCCUCCUGGCAAAUAAAAACUUACUAAAAAAUUAUUUAUUACCGAGGCUUACAAUCUCACCUGAAUCAAUUAAUUUUCGACUGAACGCUCAAUUUUUUCUGUCGGACGCGAGCACGAAAAAGUGAAGCAACAAGUGGAACAGAUGGUACAAUCAUAAGUAAACUGCGUGGUGAAAUCGAGCAGCCAAGUUUUUAAGGGAGUCAUCGGGUUGGUAUUCGGCCAAGGGAACAAAGUCUGUCCACUUUACGGAAGGCCUUCCUGUGAGAGUGUUAUAUUUUAGAAUAUAUUUAUGACUGAUUAAGUUUGCGGUUGAUUUUACUUACUAAAACCAACGGUGCUGUGAAACAGAAUACAUUGUCAGGAAUUGUUGAGUACUUAACAGACUAUUUUUGUUGGCUUUGACACAGAAACAUUUCCCUCUUUGUAGAUAUCUCAUACAGAUUUUAAGAUGACUGGUUCAAGUAUACAAACAUGAUUUUAUUACGUGAGAAGUGUGAAUGGUAGACCUUAUCUUUUUGAUGUAAAAAAACAUUUCACCAAAAAGAGAAACAAGAAGAGUAAUAUUCCUUGAAACAUUCAACCUGUCAGUUGGCAAAGAACUUAAUAAUUGGCCCAGAGAAUAUCGCCAGACAUGAUUAAUCAUCACACGAGGGCAUAUUAUGUACUAAAGAACUAGAGAAUUUAAUUCAAAUUUGUAAGCAGAUUGUGUACUUCUCCUCCGCAAAGCAGUCUAGCAUAAUGGAUAAAUUAGCAUCACAAAAUCAUAUGAUAGAGAGUAAAUCUAAAGUAGCAAAGUAUCUUCUAAUGGAAAAGAAAAUGUGCGGGGGUUUUCCUGGAAGUUAGUCUAACAAUAACGGCAGCAAAAGUCCCUCGUUCCUCUAUACAUAUUAUAUGUAAAAAAAUUGAUUGUCGUGCAAAGCAAAAGACAUUAUCAUACACAAAUGAAAGCGCUAGUAAGUUGCAAGCUAAAGAAUGUGAAUAGUGAAUACAAAGUGAAGACGGAGAGACCAAGGCAAAAUAGUUACUUCGAGGCUGGUCACAAGCUAUGAUUGAAAGGAUCAGAUAAAUGUAAAUGGGAGUAUAUAUAUGAUUCUAUAUACUGAUAUCUAUGAAUACCAUAUAUUAAAGCACAAUAAAUCAACUAGUAUUCAUAUUCAUAAA